AAUCGAGACCAGACUUAAAAUAAAGAGCAACAUCAUGUGCUGAACCACUUCCGUUUAGCUCUUUGUUAGUCCCUAUAAAAGUCAAUAUUCGAUGAUGCAAAUGAAUUUUCAAAAAUAAUACCACAGCAAAACAAUUCAAAUGGGCAACUACCUGUUAAUUUCAUUUCUCCUUUUUGUCUAUGGGAUUAUUAGUGCAGAAGCCCAACUCUUUGUUUCCCAGCAAACUCUCCCGUCGAGUUGUCCCGCGCCGGACCCUAUACUUAAUUACCGGCCGAUCAUCGGGAUCGUGAGUCAUCCCGGCGAUGGCGCCACGGGCAGACUCAGCAACGCCACUAAUGUCUCUUACAUUGCAGCUUCCUAUGUUAAAUUUGCUGAAAUGGCUGGUGCUAGAGUCAUUCCCCUAAUAUACACCGAGCCUCCCCAAGUUCUCAAUCAAAAGCUUAAUCUUGUAAAUGGCAUUAUCUUCACCGGAGGGUGGGCCAAAGAUGGUCUAUAUUUUGAUGUUAUUAAAGGAAUUUUCCAGAAAGUUUUGGAGAAGAAUGAUGCUGGUGAGCACUUCCCUGUACUUGCAAUCUGCUUGGGAUAUGAACUUUUAACAAUGAUCAUCACCAACGACAACAAUAUUCUUGAGGAAUUCAGUGCAGCGAGCCAAGCCUCUACAGUACAGUUUGUGGAAAAUGUAAAUAUUGAAGGAACAGUAUUUGGGAGAUUCCCCCCUGUGUUGCUAAAGAAGAUGAGUAUAGAUUGCCUUGUGAUGCAAAAUCAUCAUUGGGGUGUAUCACCAGAAAGAUUUCAAGCGAAUAAAGAUUUGAGUAGCUUUUUCAGGGUAUUGACAACUAGUACGGAUGAAAACAACAAGGUCUAUGUCUCUACUGUUCAAGCACGACACUAUCCUAUAGCUGCUUUCCAAUGGCACCCAGAGAAAAAUGUUUUCGAAUGGGGUUCAUCAAGGAUUCCACAUUCUGAAGAUGCAAUUCAAGUCACUACACAUGUUGCCAACUAUUUUAUAAGUGAAGCGAGAAAGUCUUCUAACAAGCCAAUGGCACGCGAAUUGCUUGAUAGUCUCAUAUACAAUUACAAUCCCACUUAUGGUGGGAAGGCAGGGAAGGGUUAUGAUGAGGUUUAUCUCUUCACUCCGCAUUCUGCCUUGAGCUAUCUGUAUAGAGAAGAAAAACAAAGCAGUUUAAUUGAGCAAUAACAACUGCACAAUCUAAUUAAGAUGCACAUGAAGAUCUACUCGGGAGUUGAUGGAUCAGUGUGUGAAGAUCCUGUUGCUUGCAGCUCGAUAAUUUAAUGAUCCCCUGUAUGGUGACUGCAGCUUCCUUUGUAUGGGCAUACUAUCACUUUCAAUAAUUACAUGUACCUCCUUCCAACUGCUUCCAUGCAUGCCUCCAAGGCUCGUUUAAUAGGAGGGAUAACUAAUCUCCGGAUUAAUUUUACGAUGAGUUUAUUCCAUGUUUGGUUGGGAUAAAAUCACGGAAUAAUUUAUCCCGAGACUAAUUAUUCCAUGAUUGUAGUGUUAUUUUUAUCCGACAUUAAGGGUGUGGAUAACAAUCUUGGGAUAACUAAUCAUGAGAUACAAUAGUAUACUCCUAAUGAAGUAUUUUGCUAAGCCAAAAAAUGCUUCUUUUGAGCCGAGGGUCUCUCGAAAACAGCCGUCCUACCUUGGUAGGAGUAAAGUCUGCGUACACUUUACCCUCCCCAGACUCCAUGUUGUGGAAUUUCACUGGAUUAUAUAUAUAUAAGUUUAUCUUUAAUUUGAUCUAUAUGCAAAAAUACUGAUCAUUAUUCCUUACCAUGGUGUACAACGCGAUUCAUGUGUUACUUAUCUGAGUUGCUCUAACUUUUCAUUUUUGGUGUCGCACACUCAUGUCGACACGACAUGGGUGUGGGUGGGAGAACUGUACUGGUUUUGAUCAACUGAUUUUGGAUACUUCGCCCAAAAUCGACGGAAAAAUUCAGAACAAAUAUCUAUGAUUUCUGUAAUCAAAACAAAAGCUAAGGUAAAAUUGAAGAAAAUAGAAUAGCUUGUAUAUAGAAAAUUCUAUGUCUCUGUCUUUCCUUUUAUCACCUUUUGGGAUUCUCCUCUUGAUCAAUGUUUUCUCCUCGGAAUACCUUGUAAGUUUUUCAUAUAAUGUCUCAUAAUUAUUUUUAGCCGAAUCCUGGAAUUUGUAUCCAUAUCUGAAUUUGUACCCCUGAAUCUUAAAUUAUGAUCAUAAAAAAUUCGACCUAUUACACACAUGAAUCAUAUCAAACACCCGCACCUGAGUCCGGACAACUUAGUUGCUUACUACAUAAAAAGACUGCAGUUCUGCUUUGCUAGAGAUUUUGGACUCUUUUCAAUGAAAAUGAUGUAUCACAAGUCACAACAUUGGUCACAACAUAAACUUUUCAAACACAAUAAGUAACAGAUUUGUUACAUUUUUUUUUAUUAAUUAGGGUUGUUUUUAAGUAUGCAAUAGUUCUGACAUUUUGCUGUUUUUUUUUCCUC